AUGUCACUGCCGACCCCUUUGUACAAAUUGAGUGCCGUUCAAAAACAGUCAGUCUACGAACCUGCCGAGGAUACUUUUCUUCUUUUGGACGCUAUUGAAAAAGAUUUGCAGCCACGAAUCCUUGUCCAGCUCAUGGGUCGUAGAGCUUUCUGGGACACAAGAGACAUGCCGAGAAGGUUGCGGUGUAAUCAAUAA